AUGUCGUAUCAAGGUGGCUAUCCACAGCAAUAUGGCGCUCCUCCUCCACAGGGAUACCAGCAACCUCCACCGAACCAAUACCCUCCUCAAGGAUACCCACCUCAACACCAGAGCUAUGGUCCCCCUCCUCCACCAUCUCAAGGCUAUGGGCAGGGUGGCCAGAGUGGAGCCCCACACGGAGGGUAUCUACAAGGUGCUACAAUCGGACCAGGUCGGCCGCCUCCGUCACAGCAGCAGCAGCAGGGAGGAUAUGCACCGCAGGCCCAUUACAAUCAGGGCUACCCACCACCCCAACAACCACCGUACGGAGCUCCUUCUCACAGUCCAUACCCUCCUCAGCAAGGAUACCCUCCACCUCAGCAGCCUUAUGGGGCUCCUCCUCAGAGCCCAAAUCCACAGCAGCAAGGGCAUCCUCCCUCCCAACAGUCACCUUACGGAGCACCACCGCCCCAAGGCCAAUACCCACCACAGCAGUAUGGUGCCCCUACCCCAAAUCAGCGAUAUGGACAACCUCCACCACUACAGCAAAACACUUAUGGUACCCCACCCCAAGCGUUACCUUAUGGAGCUCCGCCACCUCAAUCUUACGGCGCCCCUCAGACAGUGCCGACUCCACCUUCGCCUGGAUACGUUCCUGGCCAAGUAGCCCAUGUCGAUAUGUCUCGUCAAGCAGACGAGUGUCGGAAAGCCAUGAAAGGGCUCGGUACGGAUGAAGCUGCACUUAUCAGAGUUCUCACAAGAAUCGCACCACUCGAAGUCCCAGUCAUAAAGGAAACCUUCCGACAACGGCAUGGCCGAGACCUAGAACAUGAUGUCGAAAAGGAAGUGAGCGGACAUUUCGAGCUCUGCCUUCUCUCUAUCCUUCGAGGUCCCCUUCAACAAGACGUCUGGUGUUUAAAUAAAGCCCUCAAAGGUGCCGGAACCGACGAGGAUCUCCUCAACGAAGUUCUAAUCGGCCGCUCCAACGCCGAUAUGCAAGCCAUCAAACAAGCCUACCACCACACUUAUCACCGCAGUCUUGAGCACGACGUCCGCGAUGACCUCUCUGCUAAGACUGAACGUCUCUUCUCUAUGAUACUCUCCGCUACCCGACAAGAAGAAUCAGCCCCAGUGAUCCCUCAAUCGAUCGAAGUAGACGUCACCGAAAUCCACCGCUGUACAGAAGCUAGAGUAGGCGCCGAACAAUUGACCGUCUGUUCGCUCCUCAGCAAGCGCUCUGACGCCCAGAUUCGUGCAAUUGCCCACGCAUACGAACACAGAUACCGACGGUCGCUUGAAAAGGUCUUUAUCCACGAAUUCUCGGGUCAUAUGGAAGACGUUCUCGUGCAAAUGGUCCGAUGCGGAACUGAUAGGGCGAUGCGGGACGCUAUCAACAUCGAACAUGCCAUGGCAGGGAUGGGGACGAAGGAUGAAAUGUUGGUUACCAGGAUCGUGAAGCUGCAUUGGGACCCGGCGCAUCUGCAGCAAAUAAAAGGGGCGUAUAAGGCGAGGUAUAGGCAGGAUCUGAUUGGGAGAGUCCGGGGGGAAACGAGUGGAGACUACGGGAGGUGUUUGGUCGCUAUGUUGCAGUGA